AUGGAUUUAAAAACUCGGUAUUCGAACCGCGAAUUACGGCCCUUUUACGCUGGAAGCGGAGCCGUAGCCUCGGCCUCAGAGGAUGGUCAACUUUUGGCAACAUCGGUAAUCGAUGAGGUGAACAUCAUGGAUGUUGCUGCUAAGCAGAUCUUGCACAGAAUCGAAAACGAUGAUGAACAAGAGAUUACGGCCUUAAGGUUAACCCCUGAUGCAAACUUUUUGUGUUUUGUGUCGCAAGCUCAGUUACUCCGAAUCUAUAGUUUAAGUGCCAAGAGAGUGGUGAGGUCUAUGAAAAUGUCCUCGCCCGUAUAUGUGAUGGACUGCGAUGCAAGCUCGACUUUGGUAGCUUUGGGAGGUACCGAUGGUAGUGUCACGGUUGUGGACAUCGCCAACGGCUACGUGACACAUUCGUUCAAGGGCCAUGGCGGCACGAUAUCAAGCGUAAAAUUCUACGGUGAGGUCAAUAGCACCACCUGGAGGCUGGCUACUGGUGACACUAAUGGUAUGGUUAAGGUAUGGGAUUUGGUUGAUCGAAAAUGUCUGCAUACCAUGCAAGAGCACACUUCUGCCGUAAGAGGUUUGGAUUUUCGACCUACGCCCUCGUCGGAAUCAUCGCUGGAAAGUGAAGGCCAAUUGCAACUUCUAUCAGGUGGCAGGGAUGACAUUGUCAAUCUUCAUCAGCUAAGUUCAAAGAAAAGGGUGCAGCUUUUGAAGACCAUACCUGUGCAUCGGCAGAUAGAGUCAUGUGGGUUCAUCAGCCUCCCAGGAGGAGAUGACCUUUUUUAUACUGCUGGUGGGGAUGCUGUCUUCCAGGUGUUAUCCAUGGAGUCUGGAUCCAUUGUGAAGUCUACAGAGAAGCCAAUUGAAGAACUAUUUAUCAUAGGUGUCCUUCCCAUAUUGCGCUCUUGCAAAAUGUAUCUCGUUUUAUCAGACCAAACUUUAUUCGUGGUUGAUAUCAAGAAAUCCUUAGACGAAGCCAGUGAAGCCAUCGUGAUCGAUCAUAAAAUUGCUGGUAAUCAUGGCACCGUGGCGGACAUGAAGUUUGUCGGGCCCAAUCUUAGCAUGUUGGCUUUAGCUACCAACUCGCCUGCCCUUAGAGUUAUUCCUCAUCAUUUAUUGGAUGAGGAUGAGGAUCUCAUCAAGGAUACUGCAGAUGAAAAGGCUGAUGCAAAGGCUGAUAAAAUCAGUUUGCCUUUGGAGGUUGAACUGUACGAGGGCCACACUGAUCUGCUUAAUGCAGUAGAUGCCAGUGAAGAUGGCAGUUGGUUAGCGACUUGCUCUAAAGAUCACACCGCGAUAUUAUGGAAGUAUAACCCAGAUCUAUCCAAGUUUGAAAUGUAUGCUAAAUACACUGGGCAUGCUGGGCCUGUGACAGCGGUCGGACUACCUAAUGUGAUACGCAGAGGCUGGCCAGAGUUCAUUAUAACUGCCUCAAACGAUUUGACGAUCAAAAAGUGGGCAGUUCCCAAGCCAGAUAUCAAAGACAAGGAAGUCCAUAUCAUCAAAGUCUCUGAUUACACGCGAAGGGCACAUGAGAAAGAUAUCAAUGCACUUUCCAUCGCGCCUAAUGACUCCGUGUUUGCAACUGCCUCCUAUGACAAAACGUGUAAGAUAUGGAACGUGGACACCGGUGAAUUAGAGGGUACCUUAGCGAACCAUAAGCGGGGUCUCUGGGACGUAUCCUUCUGCCAAUAUGAAAAGCUGCUCGCUACAGCUUCUGGUGAUAAGACUAUAAAAGUCUGGUCCCUGGAUACCUUCUCAGUCGUCAAGACCCUUGAGGGACACACAAAUGCUGUUCAAAGAUGCUCUUUCAUUAACAAAGACAAGCAAAUGAUCAGCACAGGUGCAGAUGGCCUAAUCAAACUCUGGGAUCUUUCUACUGGUGAAUGUAUCCGGACCUUGGAUGCACACGAUAACAGAAUAUGGUCUCUGAGCGUGCUACAGGAUGGCGAAAAGUUUGCCACGGCCGACGCAGAUGGAGUAUUUCAAUUUUGGAGAGAUUGUAGUGAAGAAGAAGCGCUGCAAAACUUAGAGAAUGAGAAGAUGAGAAUAGAGCAAGAACAAUCCUUGCAAAACUACCUAUCCCAAGGUGAUUGGACGAAUGCAUUCUUAUUAGCUAUGACUUUGGACCAUCCUAUGAGGCUGUACAGAGUGCUCGACAGCAGCUCAACCGCUAAAACCCAGGAUGCCGGCUUUGUUUUCAACGAAGAACUUGACAAUGUUAUAGGCACGUUGGACAAUGAGCAAGUUAUGAAACUCAUGAAACGGAGCAGAGACUGGAAUACAAAUGCAUCUACCCAUUCAGUAGCUCAGAAAGUCAUCCGGUGUAUCUUGAUGCGUCACAACAUUACGUCGCUAAGUGAUAUUCCUGGCAUUAUGAGCAUCAUUGAGGCUAUCAUUCCUUACACACAAAGACAUCUCACGCGGAUUGAUGACCUAGUCGAGCAAAGCUACAUAUUAGAUUAUUCAUUGGUGGAGAUGAAUAAAUUCAUGUAA